AUGUCAUUGUCACACAAUUGUUGAAAGCCCACAUCCCUCCAAGCAUCUUUAUUCAAGCUCGACAAAGGCCCCUUCUUCCACGUUACCCCACUGCAUCUAUGACUCAGUCACCCACGCAUGGUUAUGCCAAUCGCCACUGAUACACACCAGCUAGAAACAUACACGCCAUCUAUUCGAGACGUACAACAAGUACCGCUAAUUAUGCACCUUUUCAUCUUCCUCCUGCCCUUGGCCCUCGCCACAGCAACAAACAUCCCCUGGUUCACCCUCCCAACCUGCAAGCCCGGUAACCCCGGCGCAGUAUUCUACUGCUCCAAUGCCAAUUUCGACGGGGACUGCGUCUAUCGCGCGGCGAACGAUGCUUGUUUCGCGCCGCCGAGGGCGCCGCAAAGUAUUGGACCGGACAAGGAGGGUUAUUGUGUGUUGUUUGAGGAUAGAGAGUGUAAGGGGAGUAUUAUUAGGUUUGAUCCUGAAAAUUUGGGUUUGAAUAGAGUAACGUGUCCGGGCAUCAAGACAUGGCCGGAAAAUCUGCCGAAGGUGGGGAGCAUGAGGUGUCAUGCUGAUGCUUGAGAUGCGUAUGUUUGGUUGCAUUCUUUUCUCGUUUUCUUUUGUUUCUCAGCUCGCUUGGAUCUGAUCUCUUCGUUCUCCUGUUGGACUUAUUUUUGAUUGUGCAAGUUGCAGUAUUUCUUAUCGUCUUGGAUCCACCGCCUGAGCAUGUUCAUAAUGUCAUAUCAAGUUUACUGGGAUAGACGGAUUUCAAGAUGUCAAUUGAACUAACCUUUACUCGGCAACAUGAUGCGAAAGCUAAAGUACCAGGGUGUGCUUGGCGAAGGUCAGAUUUUAGGCCUCCAUAGCUGCCACACACAGCAUGACCGACGCUAG